GUUAGUAUUAGUUCUGGCCGGUUUGGACCCAAAAUAAAAUGUAUCAGUAUGAAGCAGGCGGUGACGGCGCACUGAUUCACUCUCGGAGCUCGGUUCACUAAUGACCGAAUCACUGAGGAACCGACCAAAGAUAUCUCACACCCGCACGGAGAAAAAGAACAAGAGGAGAAGUCUGACUGAUAAGAUGCGCACGACUUUAACAUCAUGAAGGACCUUUCCACUCACACCAGACUGACCCCAGAACAGUGGGAGAACCGCCUCAACAGAUUCAUCAACAACAUGAGCAGGAAUGCCAGUGUUCAGACUACACUCAGCACAUGGGGUCUAAGCUUUGAGAACAAGCUGCUGAAUCUGACUGGAAGAGUUCUUCCUGCUGAGAGGAUCCUACAGGGAGCGAGAGCAUAUGAGUACAACCCAUGUGACGCGGAUUGGUCUAAAGAGAUGCGAGGUCUUCCUCUGAUGACCAGCAUGCCUCUGGAGAUCUGGCUGCUGUCCCAUACGCGCCGUAACGCUGACGUCGCUCACUCACUGCUGCAGACCCUCAACAAAGUGCCCGUGGGCAUCCACCUUCAGAGGCCGGGAAUGACGGAGUACGAUGAUCGACAGGAGGCUCUGCAGCAGAGAGUGGUGCAACAGGUUCAGAUGGUGGUUGUGAUCCUGUCAACCAACCGUAAGGAUAAAUACGAUUGCGUGAAGAAGUACCUGUGUGUGGACUGUCCCACUAGAAGCCAGUGUGUGGUGGCUCACACCCUCAGCAGACCUCAGACCCUCAUGACCAUAGCCACAAAGAUCUCCUUGCAGAUGAACUGCAAGAUGGAAGGAGAGCCGUGUAGCGUCGAGAUCCCGUUGAAGCACCUGAUGAUGUUUGUAUCGACUGCUACCACGACAGUGCCGCAGGAAAGAGAUCCAUCGGUGCACUGGUGGCCAGCCUCAACCCGGGCAUGUCCAGCUGCGCUGAAGGCCUACUUCAAAUACAACAAAUGUUUGCCGUCACGCAUCGUGGUGUACCGAGACGGCGUGGGCGACGGCGUGCUGCUGAGCGUAGUCGACUAUGAAGUGCCUCAGUUCACGCAGUCCACCAAGGCCAUGGGUGAAGAUUACGCGUCUUUCUGAUCGCAGCUUCAGGUUGCGUUCGGUGUGUUUUAAACACUGAUGGCUUGAUUCGUCAGGUACAACUUC